CGCGCGGAGAGGCUGUGUCGGGGGCGCGCACAGAGCUGAUGGCGGAGGUCGGGCGGAUCUGAUCUCUCGGUCGUCCCGGAUCGGCACUGCGAUGGGGAACGAGGCCAGCCUGGAGUCCGGGGAGCCCGGGGGUGGACCAACCGGGGCACCGAGACCCCCCACCGAGCCGGUACCGAGAGGAGGGGGAGGAGCACCGAGCCCGGGGCCCGCCAGCGCCCCCGGCAGGCUGGAAAACUCCGGACGUCUGGCCACGCAGACCUCGGGUCCGCAGACCUUCCGACAUGCGCCUUCAAGCACAGAGAGCACAAAGGAACCGAGAAGCCAUGCGUCGCCAUCCCACCCGACGCCCGACGUCUCCCGGAGGACCCUGCAGGUGGACAACAAAGGCCACUGGACGGGGAGGUCUCCUUCAGCUUCUCCGGACAGGGGCACCACCCCCACCUCUCCCUACUCUGUGCCGCAAAUCGCUCCGUUACCCAGCAGCACCGCCUGCCCUAUAUGCAACACCACAGAUCUCACCUCGUCCCCCAAUCAGCCAAACUUCAACACCUGCACCCAGUGUCACAACGAGGUGUGCAACCAGUGCGGCUUCAACCCCAACCCUCACCUGACCGAGGUGAAAGAAUGGCUUUGUCUGAACUGCCAGAUGCAGAGGGCUCUGGGGAUGGAUAUGAAAACUGCAACAAGAUCAAAGAGUCAGCAGCAACUUCACUCUCCUCUGUCUCCUUCUCAGUCUCCAGCCAAACAUGCGAAACCUCCAACCAUGUCCCAGUCGCUUCAUCAGCUACCGCUGUCCCAUUCCCCACCGCAGCCCCGAUCACAGCCUCCUUCCCAGCCUCCUUUCCAGCCUCGAUCACAGCCUCCUUCCCAGUCUCCUUCCCAGCCUCGAUCACAGCCUCCUUCUCAGCCUCCUACCCAGCCUCGAUCACAGCCUCCUUCCCAGCCUCCUUCCCAGCCUCAACCGCAGCACCAUAUGCAACCCCAAAAGCUUCAGCAGCCGCAAACCCCACCGCAGCACCGUACUCAGCCGCACUCGCAGCACUCGCAGCAACAGGGGCCUCCGCCAGGUCAGUCCCAUGAUCCCAUUCUCAGCAAUCUUCAGCAAAAGUCCCCCCAUCCCCAACAAGUACAGCAAAAGCCACAAGCGCAGAGCAUCCCGCUCUCCCAAACCCAACAACAAAUGCACCACAAGCCCCAAACGGCACACAAGUCCCAGAUGAGAAGUGUGUCGGAAACUUCUCUGGGGACCAUGCCGAUGGAAAGCCUUCACAGCUCAGCUACGUCAAGUCAGCAAGGAAAACCUCAACCCACCCACCCAAGAGAACAAACCAACCAAGGACAUCCAAAACCGACUGGCCCCCAGGACGUUCCGAGGAGUUCUCAACAAACCCAGAUGAAACCAUCACCGGCAGAGCAGAGAAAAACUCCAGGAAGUUCUCCAGCAAAGACCCCCGCUCCUUCCUCCCACGGGCCCCAGGAUCAAAACCAGGAGGGGCUUACUGGUAAACUGUUUGGCUUCGGAGCCUCCCUCCUGAACCAGGCAAGCACACUCAUCUCUGUCCCUGAAACCGCCCCGCAGAGCCAGGCGUCCCCAAGCAAAGCGUCACCAAAAAUAGUUUUCAGUGAUGCCAGCAAGGACAUUGGCACAAAAGGCCAGGGACCAGCUUCUGCCGUACCUAGCAGAACAGAGAGCUCCCCUCUUCACAAGUCGGGGAAGAUCGACCACGUCAAGCCAAAGGAAGUGCCGAAAGUCAUGUGCCCAUUGUGUAAAACAGAACUUAAUGUGGGAUCCUCCGAGCCCGCCAAUUACAACAGCUGCACGUCGUGUAAAAAACAAGUGUGCAAUAUGUGUGGCUUCAACCCAACUCCUCACCUGCUGGAGAAAAAUGAUUGGUUAUGCCUGAACUGCCAAACUCAAAGGCUAUUAGAGGGAAGCUUAGGAGAUGUUCCACCUCCUCUCUUACCACCAUUCAAGCAAGGUUCACCAAGGCACCAGCCAGGAGUUACCCCCACAGCAUCUCCCAAGCAUCUUCCAGGAGCAAUAUCGACAGGUUCACCGAGGCACCAGCCAGCACCAACCAUGACGGCAUCCCCCCUACACCAGAAAACAGGACCGACUGCAUCUCCCCAACAUCAAGUAGGCAUGGCGAGCCAGCAGAAGCCUGUCACGGGACAUCUUCCAGAAUCAAUACAGGACAAGCGAGUUUCUCAACUCAGCCAACUCAAGGGUUCGGAACCGGUUAAAACCCAGCCCAGGACUGAAGAGAAAAAAGCCCCCGAGGACACUUUGCAACACAGAACUCCUGCAGAUUCACAAAAGGUGUCAAAGCAGACGGUGCCAAAGAGUAAAAGUGUAAGCAGCAAAAAAGAAGUAAUUUCCAGGAAUGGGAAGUCAUUGUCCGAAAUUCAAAAACUCAAAGACCAAGAGGAUAUCAGCAAGCCUUAUUCCCAUGACUUGUCCCGCAGCCCUCAAAGUCUUAGUGACACCGGAUACUCUUCUGAUGGAAUCUCCAGUUCUCAAAGUGAGAUUGCAGGACUGCUACAACAAGAGGAAGAAAAACUGAACACAACUGGCAUCUCUCAGCGCAGCCCACCAAGCCCAUCUGAAUUGACCAAGCUGGAGAGCUCUAUGCGGCCCCUGUUGGAAUCAAAGAGCGACAAUGGGAAGUUGUUCCAUAGCUUACGGGAAGAUCAAAAACAAAAGCAGAGACCCAAAUCACUAACCAUUACACCCGAAGCGUUCGAUUCUGAUGAGGAACUGGAAGAUAUCCUGGAAGAAGAUGAAGACUCUUUGGAAUGGGAAAAUCAGCGAGACCAAAGAGAGCGCAUGGAGUCAUCUGAUGAAUUUGGCAGCAAACUUCGUCAUGAUUAUGUCGAAGACAGUAGUGAAGGUUUCUCACCUUUACCAACUAGGCAGCCUCAAGGAGGCUUCACCGAUGAAGAGUUCAUGAGGAGACAGUUAUUAGAAAUGAGUGCAGAAGAAGACAAUCUUGAUGAUGAAGAUGAACAAUAUAACCAUAGCAAGUACAGCAGUGGUAAAAAUGGACACAAAGCAGACUCAGAAAAAUCCAAAAGUACCUCAAAGAGAUCCCUUGCUUACAAUUCAUCUAACAUAUAUGAUGAGAAUGGAAAAGGUAUAGAGGUAGAAGAUGAAGAUAUGACUGCAUCUCAAGGGGGACUCCGACGGUUUAAGACUAUUGAAUUGAACAGCACAAACAACUACAAUCGAGACAUUGACCUUGACCAUGAAGCAGACAUUACUUUAGACAGGGAACCUGAAUUAGAGAUGGAAAGUCUGACUGGAUCCCCAGAGGAAAGGUCUAGGGGAGAGUAUUCAUCCACGUUACCUGCAACAACUCCAAGUUACACCAGUGGUACAUCACCCACAUCAUUAUCAUCCCUUGAAGAGGAUAGUGACAGCAGCCCCAGUCGAAGACAGAGAUUGGAGGAGGUAAAGCAGCAAAGGAAAGCUCGGCAUCGCUCACAUGGUCCCUUACUUCCUACAAUUGAGGACUCCUCAGAAGAAGAAGAACUGCGAGAAGAAGAAGAGCUCCUUCGAGAACAGGAAAAAAUGAGAGAAGUAGAACAACAAAGAAUUCGAAGCACCGCACGCAAGACCAAAAGAGACAAGGAAGAACUAAGAGCACAAAGAAGAAGAGAACGAUCAAAAACACCACCUAGCAAUCUGUCUCCGAUUGAAGAUGCCUCACCUACUGAAGAAAUGAGACAAGCAGCAGAAAUGGAAGAGCUGCACAGAUCUUCUUGUUCAGAAUAUUCACCAUCUAUUGACUCGGAGGCAGAGGGAUUUGAGAUCAUGGCUUCAAAGCUUUACAAGUCAGGGAGCGAAUACAAUUUGCCUACAUUUAUGUCUCUGUACUCACCAACAGAAAAGACAUCUGGCUGCGGUAACAAGCCACUGAAGAGUGCCGAAGAGGUCUACGAGGAGAUGAUGAGAAAAGCAGAAAUGUUUCAGAAACAGCAGCAACCGCAACAAAAUGUGAUGUAUGGAAACAGUUACCAGCAGGUUGGUUACGUGGGCACAGAAAGCCAGAACAACUUUGAGUACCAAUAUAUUGAUGAAUAUGGCUAUGACAGUAGUAGACAUGGUUCUACGCAGAAUGACUACCAUCUUGACAUGUCAACCUCUGGAACAGUGUAUGAUGAAAUUUUACAGACAUCUCAAAAUAUUUCAAGAAUGCAUCAGUCAUCUUCGAUUGACUUCUCGUUACAGGAUGAUAAAAAGAAAGAAGCAUACGCUGAAAAGCAAUUUCUAAAUGCUGAAAAUGCAUAUAAUGAAAUGAUGAAGCAAGUGAGUGGUCCUCUUACUCCUGGAACGAGUCCGACUCAGCUGGUUGCGCCGGUGUCCUUUUCAUCUUCUGAAAGCAGCUCAGGAAGAGUCAUACCCGAUGUACGCGUUACACAGCACUUCUCCAAAGAUGGACACGACCAGGCGAAACUCCACAGUUCCUCAACUGUACCCACCUCUAAGACAAUGACAUCAACUCACCAGUACGGCAAAGUGUCCACAGCUACUACAUCUACUGGGACUGCCGAUGCCUCAUCUGCUUCUCCUUCUCACAGAAGCUACUCCCAUUCCAGAGCAACUUCUGACUAUAGCUCCAAUGAAGAACAAUAUAGAAACAGAAUGGCGGCAGAUGUUAACACAUCACCAAGAGAUAAUGUGCAGAAUGUGGGGACAAAUGUGUCACUGACAUCAAAAGUUAUUUCUUUUUUUAAGAGUUCUAGUCCCCCACUUUCCCCUACCUCUCCCACACAAAGUCCAACUCAUUCCGCUCCAAGAAUAAGUAUGUCAACGGGAAACAGAAGUACUGCAGAAUUUUCAUCUCAGACUCAAAUGAUCCACAGGACUGAUAUAAGCGGGCCCUCUUCCUCUGGUGGCUCCUCCCCUAUGAUAGCUCAUGGUACACAGACACCCGAGCGCACUAGGUCACCUCGUCUUUCUAGACAACAAUCUUCUCAAGAUUCUCCAUUUAUGGUUAUUACACUAGCAUCAGAUACAUCCAGCCAAACUAGGCCUAAGAGUGUUAGUUCCUCUACCUCACCAGUCACAUCCCCUACUAGAUUAAACCGCCAGCAAACCAUUCACAGCUACAGCCAGCCAUCAGCUAGUAGUUCACAAUCCCAGCAAGAACAAAUGCAGCCCAGCUACAGUAAGGGACACACAGUUGUAGAAAGAGCCCCUAAUAUGGCAAUGCAUACAGCUGCUAAAGGACAGCAGGCAGCAAUGAUAGAUAGCUCAUCCAACACUUAUAACUGGGGUUCUUUGCCACCUGAGAAUAUCUCAUUGUGUAGAAUUUCUUCUGUACCUGGAACAUCUAGGGUUGAGCCUGGGCCAAAGCCUAGCAGCAGUGCUGUUGAUUUACGGACUGCAAUGAAAACCACACCGGUCAUUAUGACCGACCAAGGCAUGGAUCUCACAUCUGUGGCUACAGAAACAAGACGAUACUCAUUAACAAUGGACCAAUCCCCCACACGGCAGACUACAGCUGUGCAGCCUCUAAUUGUAAAUUUAAAUGCCCAAGAGCAGCCACAUGCUGUCAUUGGCACGGCCACAACUGUCAGCAUAACUGUUGCAACCUCCAUGAUUGUAUCACAGCCAAAGCAGCCUGUAGUGUAUGGGGAUCCUUUUCAGAAUAGGGUGGACUUUGGUCAGGGCACCGGAAGUGCAAUGUGCUUGACCCAAGUCAGGCAUAUGGAACAAACAGCACAGCCUGGCAUGAGGGCAGGGGGGAUUAGUGCUGGCACUGCGGGACCUGUUGGAAAGCCAGAAGAGAUUGGCACUAUGCAGAAGGAGAUGUUUGCCAGAUACAAUCUUCCAAGUCAGGUAACAUCAGCGGUUAAGCGAGAUAUUGUAUCACAGACUGGUAAUGUUCAGAACAUUGCUAACAUCAGUGCCAUGCCCAGACAGUUUCACCAGGAGCAGUCCAUGGGUUAUCCUGAAGCGUAUAAGGGUGUUCCAGAGCCUAAAUUACAACAUCCACCGGUGAACAUUGCUGGAGCCCAGCCCCACACCAUGAUGGUACAACUCGAUGAGAUGGAAUCUAACACAGUUACAAAACUUGUGAAAGAAGAACAACCAUCAAAUGCUUUGGACCUAACAAACAUGAAACCCGAGAGCCAGGUGGUGUGCUGCGAUGUGGUCUACAAGUUCCCCUUUGGUGGAAGUUGUGCAGGUGGAUAUAACCCUAACGUAGCAGAAAAAAGUGCAGAACCAGCUCAAGCAGUCAGGCCUGGGGGUCAGUACUAUGGGCAGAGAGAACAAGAGAUUUCAGAUAAUUAUCGUUAUAGGGAGUCUAAACCGAUGCCACCGGCACAACCAGCAGCCCCCGCACCACCCUCUCAGAAUUUAUAUGAAGAGCAAAAAUGUUAUCCUUAUCCUGGAAGACUGUAUUCCUCCAUGUCAGAGACCAAUCUUUCAGAUAUGAGUUUAUAUAAUCCCUACCAUGCUAGCGGUGGAGAAAGUGCGAUGGAUCUAUCUACAAUGAAAAGCUCCUACAGCAUGAACUUCUCUGAUGGGAGCUACCUAAACCAGGGAAUGCAGUAUGGGUCCUUUACAGACUUACGCCAACCCACUGAUUUAUUUAAUAACUCAUUACCUAUGAGACGGUACAAUUCAUUGUCUAAUAUAUAUUCUGAUUACAGAUAUUCCUCUAGAGACCUGGCUAACUUUCAAGAGUCUAGCCUUGCUCAGUAUAGUGCCACAACAGCUAGAGAAAUCAGCAGGAUGUGUGCAGCCUUAAAUUCUAUGGAUCAGUAUGGGGGUCGACAUGCAAACAGCGCAGAUAUUUUGCAUUAUGGUCCUACCACAAUAGGGGCAGGGCCUGCAGCAAACAUGGUACAUAGUCAGCAAGGAAUUACACCCAUUAGGCAAAACAUGAUGUAUAGUCCCCAUUUCCCAGACACACGUCAAGGCUUUGGAGGUUUAGGACAGUAUAAUGUUCCUGGUGGCCGGCCUUCAUCUAUUAGACAGAUGUAUCCAUCUCCCGCUACCGUCAGAGCUGCCGAUGGCAUGAUUUACUCAACAAUAAAUACACCCAUUGCCUCCACUCUUCCAAUUACCACACAGCCAGCACCUGUACUUCGGCCAAUGAUAAGAGGUUUGUACAGACCUUACGGCCCAGGGAACAUCACGGCUGUACCACUGGCAAGCCUGACUAGAGUUCCACUUGUUGCUCCAAGGAUGGCACUAGGAUCACAACCUGUCUAUCGUUACCCUGGAGUAAGUAGAUUUCCUCCUGCUUCUACAGCGUCAGUAAAUGAGGCUCCUGUUUACUUGGGAAAACCUGCUAGCACUAUUACGUGUACAGUUACUACAAGUGCAGUGUCAUCCCUCCCUGUUUCAACAGCCCCUACAACCAUUGUUGCCUCAACUGUACAUACAGAACCUACAAUGGCAGCAACCUCCGAGGAGCAUCCUGCUGCCUCCUCUGUGCAACAAGUGAAUGCUAAAGAUGCUGGACAACAGCCUGCCAACCAAAAGCUAGUUUCAGAAAGCCAGACAACCAGAUCAGCUCAUAAAGUCGCAAGUGAAAAAGAGGAGAAAGAGAAAGAAGAGGAGCGACAGAGGAAGCAGCAGGAACACCUUCUUCAGAUUGAAAGAGAAAGAGUGGAAAUAGAGGCUCUAAGACAAAUGCGUUUACAUGAAGAGCUGGAAAGGGAACGCUUAGAACUCCACCGACAUAGAGAGAAGGAACAGAUGCUCGUCCAGAGAGAGCUGCAAGAGUUGCAAUCCAUCAAGCAUCAAGUUCUGCAGCAGCAGCAGGAAGAACGGCAAGCGCAGUUUGCCCUUCAGCGGGAGCAGCUGGCCCAGCAAAGGUUGCAGCUUGAACAGAUUCAGCAGUUACAGCAGCAUCUUCAGCAGCAAAUGGAGGAACAGAAGAGACAAAAAACUGCACCACCUCCAGCCAAUGAGCAGCCAGCAAGGCUGCCAGCCCAGACAGCAGCUGAAAUUGCAAUUGAAAUGCAAAGAACCCUAGCACAAAGUGGGCAGUAUUGGCCACCAAUAAACCCUCCUUUCAUGGCUAUGGCGCCUACCGCGCCAGAUAUGCAUGGACAACCACGACACCCUGGACCCCAGAGGCCACUAACUAAUUCUGCUUCAGAGAUGUCUCUUCAAACAGAAGAACAGUGGGAAGUAAACAGAACCAUCAAGAAGAGAAAUUCAAUGCCAAGGCUAAGGGAUGCUUAUAACACCGAAGACGGUCACGAACCAUACAUUGUUAAGAAGAUAACAGACAGCAGUGUCCAGACUGAUGAUGAAGAUGGAGAAGAGAGGUUUUACAUGUCACGACGCCGCAAAACAAAAAGAAGCACAGAUUGUAGCGUUCAAACAGACGACGAAGACAAUGCGGACUGGGAGCAGCCAGUCCGGAGACGUAGGUCCAGGUUUUCACGCCAUUCUGAUUCCAGCUCAGACAUCAAGCAUGAUUCCAAAGGAACGUCGAGCAUUGCAAUCCAGACCAUCAGUGAUUGUUCAGUGCAAACCGAGCCAGACCAGCUUCAGAGAGUCUCUCCAUCCAUACAUAUCAUUACUCCAGAUCCCAAAGUGGAGAUUAUAAAAUAUAUAUCUGCUCCAGAGAAGACACAUCGAGGUGAGAGCCUGGCCUGCCAAACAGAACCAGAGACUCAAUCCCAUGGCAUUGUGGUACCACAGCUGAAUGUUCCUACAACAAUUACGCCUUAUUCCUCCCAUAUCCAGACUGGAACAUCUGGACCUUUAGAUGCUAAUAUGUCAAGACAACAUGGAACAGGAAAGUUCGAAAAGAAGAAACCCGAUCCCCUGGAGAUCGGUUAUCAGUCCCACCUUCCCGCAGACAGUCUCUCUCAGCUAGUUCACAGACAGCCUCCCAAGUCCCCCCAAGUUCUUUAUUCACCAGUAUCUCCACUCUCACCUCACAGACUUCUGGAAUCUACAUUUGCUUCUAGUGAGAGACUCAACAAAGCUCAUGUCACCCCGCAGAAACAUUUUACAGCCGAAACCACCCAACGGCAGCAAAUUCUUCCUCGUCCAAUCAAAAGCAUGCAAAGAUCCUUGUCAGAUCCAAAACCCAUCAGCCCCACCUCUGAGGAGUCCACCAAGGACAGAUUCUCUAUGUAUCAGCAACACUUGCUGCAAGGUGCCCAGAUUUCAGCUUUCCAGCCAAAUACUUUGACACGCAAAGUGAAGCGGACUCUACCCAGUCCACCUCCUGAAGAAGCUCAUCUUCCUCUCACCACAAGUCAGGCGCACACCCAAAUGUACAUGCCGAAUCUCAAUCAGAGGAUGACAACAGGGCAACCAAUUCAGCUACCAAAAGUUGGUUUUAUGAAAACUCUCGACCAUGACCUGAAGAUUGUAGAGCAAGAAUCGACAAAACUUCGCAAGCAGCAAGCAGAACUGGAAGAAGAAGAGAAGGAGAUUGAUGCUAAACUAAAAUAUCUAGAGCUUGGUAUCUAUCAGAGGAAGGAGUCUGUGGUGAAGGAAGUGGGUGGUAGAAGAGAUGUCCCUUACCUCAGAUCUAUGGGUGAAAACAGGGAUUACAUGUCAGACAGUGAACUCAACAAUCUUCGGAUUUCUGGUUAUGACGGCAACAACCUAUUGAACAGGACAGGCCCCGCCCCUCAAUAUUCAGAGUUACAGAAUCCACAGCAGUUUCAAACAUCAGCUUCCUCUUACAUAUCUAACUCCUACCAGUACACCACCGGCCAAACAGUUACCCCAGUCACUACGUCUCUCCAACAAACCAGAUUCGAGCAAUCCCAAUAUCCUGUAUCUACUAAUGGUCCAUCUCAAAAUAGCUUUCAGACUCAAAUAUCUAAUUAUCCUACACAAACUUCAUAUCAGACUCACAACAUUGCCCCAACAACAAGUUAUCAGACAGAGUUAGGCCUGCAAAGUCAUACAGGUUUCCGGCCACCACCACAUCCUAAUUAUCAAGCCCACACUACCUAUGCAAAUCAAACACCAUUACAAACUUCUUUAAACUCAGGUUUUCCAUCACAAGCAGACACUUUUAGCAGCCACCAAAAGCCAAGGCAGACAUCCCUGGCUGAUCUAGAACACAAAGUUUCUACAAAUUAUGAAGUGAUAGCAAAUCCUACUGUGGUCAUAUCCUCGGCAACUCCAGAUACGGCCUUCAGUAGCACAACUGCAGCUAGCACUUUUGACCAGUACAAGGCAGGGGAUGCAAGGCAGACUGACAGAGGUAAUGGAGCAGAAAGCCCCUCAAAUAGUUACACAUCAGACUCCCAUUACACAAAUCUGGAACAAAAUAUCCCUCGAAACUAUGUGAUGAUUGAUGAUAUAAGUGAACUGACUAAAGAGAACCCACCAGUAUCAGAAAGCCAAAAAGUCGAACCUCCUUCUCAGCCUCAUCAUCAAAAUAACAAUGGCCGUCACAUCAAGGAGAAAAACGGUCAUAUGGAAAGCGAUAGUUUAAGUAAGCCGUGUUGUUAUGCCAGAGCAGAGGAAGAGUCGGAAGAGGAUGGUUAUGAUCACCACAGCUCAGAUUAUCGUGGAAGAAACAGCUAUCAACGUAGCAGCGAUGGUAACGGUCGUGAUUCUUCUGGUGGCUCUUACUACUAUGUAGAUAAUGAUUCUCGACACCCGUCACGGGUAGAUAAACAUGGUUCUAGCAUGGGAAUGCCAAAACACCCGUCCAAAAAUUUGGCUCCAGCUGUUGUGUCAUCCAAGCGCAGCAAGCACAGAAAACAGGGAAUGGAACAGAAAAUUUCCAAAUUUUCUCCAAUUGAAGAAGCUAAAGAUGUAGAAUCUGACCUCGCAGCUUCCUAUCCAGUGACAACAUCAAUGAGCAACAGCUGUAGUGUGUCCUCAAGAGCAAAAAAACUUCAGGAUGAGAUAACAUACGGCCUAAAGAAAAAUGUGUACGAGCAGCAAAAAUAUUAUGGAAUGUCAGGUAGAGACAUGGUAGAAGAAGACGAUAGAAUUUAUACUUCAAGCCGAUCAAGGUCAGCAUCCAGUUAUGGUCUGGAAAAAUCAAGCCGUGAUUCAGGAAGCAGUAGGAGCAAAUCCUACGAAAGGGACUCAUCAGACAGAUAUCACAAGUCAAGCUCCAAACCUUCUACGCUCACUAUGAAUCAAAGUCGGGGACGAGCCCCAAUGCGAUCGCAGGCUUCCGAAGAAGAAAGUCCCGUCAGCCCAGUCGGAAAGUCUGUGUCCCGUUCAGGUGGUGGAAUGUCCCAGCCCCCAGCGGAUAGUUGUCCCCAGUUCUGCUCGAGCCACUCACUGCCUGACGUACAAGAUCAUGUAACGGAGGUGCCAAGAAACCAUGUAUACAAGCCAGAAGAAGCUUACAUGAUGGACGAUUCACACUGUGUUGUGUCAGACAGUGAAGCCUAUCAUUUGGGUCAGGAGGAAACCGAUUGGUUUGAUAAACCAAGAGAAGCUCGUUCAGAGCGGUCAAGGUAUCAUGGCAGCCACACAUCGAUUCAGAAAAAGAUUCCAGUUAAGCACACGUAUCAUGAUUACGAUGAGCCUCCAGAUGAGGAUAUGUGGCAACAUGAUGAAUAUUCUCAGCCUCGCCAUUCUUCUUCUAAAGAUCAUAGACAUCACGGAGAUUCUGGAAGACAUUCCUCUUCCCGUCAUAUAGAGGAACAGCAAAGGCGAUCGUCCAAGCCGCAUCCCAGGGACCAAGGGCGUCAUGAAUCUCGACCACAUUCCCAACCGUCGUCGUCUUUGAAGAAAUCACAGCAGCCAGAUGCAAGGUCACAGGGUGGAUAUCCACCAGGUUCUGAGUAUUCACAGCAGUCAAGGCAAUCAUCCAGUUAUCACCAUAGUUCGGAAUCACAGAAGUCCCAAAGACCGUCCCAAAUACCCCAGCAACAAAAGGCGGAUCCUCACCACCAGAUUCCGCAGCAAACUAAGCAGUCUCAAUUAGUCCAGCCGCAACAAACAAGACCGCAGUCUCAGCAACCAAUUUCAAGGCAACAGCAGCAGAUGGGACCAUCACAACCAUCUUCUCACCCGUCUUCUCAUCAGCCGAGCUCGCAUCCAACAUCUCACCAACCGUCUUCACACCAAACUCAUCCUCCGUCUCAGCAUCAACCAGGUUUGUCUCAACCAGCAAGAGUACAGGGACAGCAGCAUCAACCGCAGCAUCAACAGCAGCAGCAAUCUACAGGCCAAGGACUGCCAGCUUCUCGACAGCAACAACCUCAGCAGCAGCCACAAGGGAGUCAAGGUCAGGCAACCUCAAGAACACAACUGCCGCAGCAACAGCCGCAGCAACAGCCACAGCAACAGCCGCAGCAACAGCCACCGCAACAGCCGCAGCAACAGCCACCACAACAGCCGCAGCAGCAGCAGCCGCCGCCGCCACAACAAGCAGUAAAACAAACACAACAGACCUUGCAGUCCAGUGUUCCAUCAACUGUUCCACCAAAAGUCGAGCCGGUGGACAGUUCCAAGACUGCUGCAAAACCGACUCCUCCUCCAGUCAGGGCACCACAGGCUCCAGUGGCAGGACCAGCUGCAGGUAUAAAAAUUGGCCAGAAGCCGAUAACAAUGCCGUCGGCGGGACAGUCCGGACCCGAUGGGGAGAGCAUGUUCUCCAAAAUUCUUCCUGGAGGUGCAGCUGAACAAGCAGGCAAACUUACUGAUGCUGUGUCUGCGUUCGGCAAGAAGUUUUCAUCAUUUUGGUAAAAGAGCUCUGUAAGUGGAGAUCCAGCGAUGGAGACAUAUGAGGCUCCUACAUACCUGCAGCACUGAACUCUGGGUAUAAAAUCUACGAAAAGGAAAAUUGGAUGCCCCUGAUGGUGACCCCUGAACAAGUAUUUAUGUAUUCGACGAGGCCCUUCCUGUGACUCUUCAUGAGAGACUUUAUAAGACAUGAUGAAACAUAUGAACAAAUAUUCCUUCUGUAAGGGGGGAACAGGACACUUGGGGGUAACUCAUGUUCCAUGGGAGGCAAAAUCCACUGGUUCUCUGUAUGAUCUUAUACUCAAAGUUCCAAAACCUGGCACUUCUCCGGACUGCCUUUAUAUGUCUUCCGUGAUCUCCACUUAAGAGCUUUGAAAAAGAGGGCUCCAAAUCUCCUACUACAGCAUUCCAUUUCUGACCCGCCGGCAAGAUCCUGUGCUCCUGCACCGCCCAGGAGCCGUAAAACCAAAUCCAAGGCGCCAGGCGUCUGCAAAAACAGACAAGCGAGGACCUAGCACUGUUCAUUUCUUCUGAAACUCGAGGCCAUAGGACUCUGAGAGGCAGUGUGUGGACUGGUUGAGCCCCACCUCAGCCAGACAUUUCUGUCAGCGAUCAGUAAGCCAUCAAUGAGCCAUUGCAAUGGCAAAAAAAAAAC